AUGUUGACGAUCGAACGCGACGACGACGAUAAAGACGCCACUGAAGAGCUGAACCUCGAGGACGACGGCUUCGAGGAUCUCAAGCACACCGACUGGGACAGCGAGGCUCUGAUGACCCUCGAGAGUAUCGUGGAAAAAAUCGACUCGAUCGAUACGUUGAACGAUCAACCGAUUACGGCCAACGUAGACGACGACGAAGACAUCGUUAUCCAACUGCCCGUAGAGUCCGAACAUCCAGCCGAAGAAACCGCGAAAAUCGUCAGCGUUGAAAUUACAGCCCCCGCAGCUUCGGUAAGUGGCAUCGAGAAGACAACGAGCGUCGCGGAGAUUCCAUCGGCAGAGAUGAAAGCGGAACCGAAGAAGAAAGCUCGAGUACGGCCCUGGCGCACCAAGAGGCAAGCAGCAGGAUCGGUCGGCCCCGAGCCCGCCGCAGCUGCCAAACCCAAGCAGUCCAAGCCCCAGGAGGCGCGACGCGAACGAGCCAAGGAAUUCUUUUGCAGCAAGUGCCAUCAGGGCUUCACCAUGAAGAGCAACUGCAUCCGCCACGAGAAGUACGAGUGCGGCCAGAAGCCGCGCUUCAUGUGUCCGCACUGCGGCCUCAGGUGCAAGCAGACCUCGCAGAUCUACGUGCACAUACGCCGCAAGCAUCCCAACGAGGAGAUCUACGUCAUCUCCGUGGAGAACUCGAGGGACAAGAAGAAGGCUCGUACAGCCGCGAGCAAACGAAUCUUUUUGAGAUCCGUGCCACGGAUUCUGCGUCACCGUGGGUCUCGCGAAUGUCACUCCCAGUUUCAGCAGCCUCAACAGCAGCAGCAGCAGCGCGAAACGAUCAGCGUACCCAAGACCAAGUCAGAUCGGAAUUCCGACAGUCACCCCGGCACAUUAUUAGCUUGCCCGGACUGCGGAAAAAAAUUUCACACGGAGCAAGGUCUCAUCCUGCACAUAAAGUCGCAACACUAUAAAGAACGCGGCAUCGAGCCUGAACCCAGGUCCGAAUGGUUGUGUAUCUCAACUUCGACGUUUCAUCGGCGUGUCAGGUCAAAAUACACCUGCCUGGACUGCGAUCGGACUUUCGGGAUCAGAGCCGAGAUGCUGCGUCAUCGAGAGCGAGGAGAAUGCCAGUCUCAGCCUCUACUGAAGCAGAUGAAACACAAAAUGUCCCAGAUUCUCAAGAUCGAGACGAAUAAUCGAGAGCAAGGAGAAUGCCAGUCUCAGCCUCAACUGCAGCAGCAACAACACACAGACACCCCGAUUCCCAAGAUCGGGACGAAUAAUCAUGUUACGACCAAGUCAAAUUAUUUCCUCGGCCCAUUCUCGUGCUCGGUUUGCAGAAAGACCUAUAUAUACCCUAUGACCCCCGAUGGUCACAAUAGAGACUUCGGCACUGUGUGCACAUUCUGCGAGGAAAAAAUGAAAAACAAGGUCAUUCGCUUCAUUAAGACCCGUCGUUGUUACUUGCCGCUGGACGAAUUAGUUAACGCGCGGCGAACGAGGCACCGGAUCGACCGCAGCCGACCGUUCAUGGUGUGCCAGAGCUGCGGGCGAACCUACACGCAUCGACACAAUCUGCUGAAGCACAUGAAGCACGAGUGCGGCGGACAACGACACUACUCCUGUCACAUAUGCCACAUACGCUUCACGCAGAAGAGCAGCGUCAAGAGACACUUGGCCUUUAAGCAUUUAUCCGGAGUUUAA